CCACUCGUGUUCCCUGUGCUGUGGACUGUGUGGCACAGUAGACCAAGAGCGGGGCAGGCGGUACUAGGGCAACGGCGGCAUUUAUCCUGUUCUUGGAGGACGACUGCUCUCUCAGUCCCCGAGGGGUUUACGGCUGUUGUUUGCAGUCCCGCAAGCUGUGUUCGCACCUUAUCGGCGGCGCAUCCGAAACAUUUAUUCUUUUUUUUUUUUCUUCUUUUUGGUGGACCGAUUUCAAAAGCGAAACAGCCUGCGGGGGUCGUGAAGUCGGCUGCGUUAACCCCGUUCGUCGGCGACGCACAAAAGGCGCAACUCUCAAGUCCACCUGGAUAGCUGGCGAAGAAGCCCGGUUCUGUUCGAGGUCCAGAGGCGAGAGGAGAGAGGAGAAAUUGGCGCGAGGACAGGAGCCAGAAGAAGAAGAAGAAAAAAAAAACAAAGAAGACAGGAUGAAUCUUAAGAGUAAUUUGGUUUUCACCCUCUACACCGUUUACGGGAUUCUUCUGAAAGGGACUCCAGUGAUGGCUUCAAAAGGCAAAGUUCGAGGUGUCAGCGGCCAGUAUCCUCUGGUUCAGAAUGUGACCGUGACAGAGGGAGGGACGGCGAACCUGACCUGCCGUGUGGAGUAUAAUGACAACACCUCCCUCCAGUGGUCAAACCCGGCACAGCAGACCCUCUUUUUUGGGGACAAGAAAGCCUUAAGGGACAACAGGAUUGAGCUUGUGCGGGCGACGUCGUCGGAGCUGACCAUCAGCAUCAGUGAUGUCACGCUGUCUGAUGAAGGCAUGUACACCUGUUCCCUCUUCACCAUGCCUGUCAGAACAGCCAGAGCCUACCUGACUGUCCUAGGUGUGCCGGAGAAGCCGGAGAUCGAUGGCCUGACGAAGCCCGCCUUGGAGGGAGACCACGUCACCCUGACCUGCAUCACUCAGGGCAGCAAGCCCGCCGCCGACCUGCGCUGGUUCAGGAAUGAGAAGGAAGUCAAAGGUGUCAAAGAGGUGAAUGCCAGUGGGAAGACGUUUACAGUACGGAGCUCUCUGCAGCUGCACGUGGACAGAACCGAUGAUGGAGUGGCCUACACCUGCAAAGUGGACCACGUGGCACUCACACAGACGCCACAGCAGGCCACGGAAGUGCUGGAGGUCCACUAUGCUCCUCAUGUGACAAUUUUCCACUCCCUCGCAGUCCCUCAGGAGGGGCAGUACUUAAAGCUGGAGUGUGUAUCCAUAGGAAACCCUUCGCCAGAUCCCGUGAUGUGGACAAAGGACGGGGGUGAGCUCCCAGAUCUGGACAGGAUGAUCGUAGAGGGGAGGGAGCUCACCUUUACUUCACUCAACAAGACAGACAAUGGCACCUACCGUUGUGAAGCGAGCAACCACCUAGGGACCAGCAGUGCAGAAUAUGUACUCUACGUCUAUGACGUCCCCACCACCCUGCCUCCAUCCACCACUCCCCCCCUACAUCCCAUCCCUCAAGAACCUACUGAUCUAUUAGGCGCCCACGCCUCAGACCCCACAGUCACUGGCGACGGAGAUCCCAACGCUCUGGGGCAGCACGGCACCGACCAUGCCUUGAUCGGCGGAGUGGUGGCUGUAGUGGUCUUCGUCACCUUGUGUUUAAUCAUUGUUCUGGGAAGAUACCUGGCCAGGCAUAAAGGAACAUACUUGACAAACGAGGCCAAAGGAGCAGAUGAUGCGCCCGAUGCUGACACAGCCAUCAUCAACGCUGAGGGCAACCAUGCGCACGCAGAAGAAAAGAAGGAAUACUUCAUUUAGACUGCAGAGGGAGCAGUGCAGCUCUCUCCCCUCCUUUCCCCCCCUCUUUCGACCUCUGUAUCUCUUAUUAUCUCUUUCUGUGUCCCACUUUUCUCCUUCACCUCGGGCCACUGCCCCCGUCGUGUCAACGAGAAACCCGCAGGCAGCCCACAAACAGAGAAGUUCCCUGUGUGUUUCCCUCUUAUUUCCUUUGAUUGGGUCCAUUUCAAUUAUUCACACCUUGACUUUUAGUUGGUAGUUUUGUAUUGGCAGAUGUUUUUCAUCGGCACCCUGCUGUCGCCGCUGAAGUUGUCCCCCUUUCUUGCACAUUUCUCCUCGUCUUUUAGCAUAAACACCUUGAAAUCUGUAUAUCUACCAUGACUGCUUCUUACAUGACCCCUUCCCUUCUCCUCUUUCCCACCAAGCAGACGCCCAAACACAUAUUAAAUCCCCUUUGGUUCACACACGUCCUCAAACACAUAUCAUAUCUCACAUCAACACGGUGCCUAAAAAUACAGACGCCAUUGAACUUCUGUCAAUGCCUUCAUGUAUCGUCUGUCAGUAGCAAUGUAAAUGCUUUGUAGAUGGUCACCUGGACCAUCAUUUCAUCAUUGCUUAGCUCACAGCUUUUGAUUAUGCAUUGCGUCUCUUUCUUUUUUUUUAUUUGAAUCAAGAUCUGUGCUGUUUACGCCUUAUACAUGUCUAUCACACUGAAUAUGGUACUUUUAGACGAUCCACCUCUCCCUCUCCCUCACCGUCCCCCUCUAAAUAGACUUGUAAUUAAACCGUUGACCCUUGUAAGAUAAGAAGAAGGUUUUGUGUAACACUGUAGCAAGGUUUGUCAGAUAAGUGUAUAAUAUGAUUUUCAUUAUUACGGUAGGAGUAAAAAAAAAACAAAAAAAACAAAGGGUAGUGUGGUAUUGUUUAGAGCAGAAAAUACACACCAAAAAUAUGUGAAAGAUGCUAGAUGAAGCAUUCCAUUGAGUAAACUCAAUCAAGUAUAUAAAACCAUUCGCAAAAUCUGCCGUCCGUAUGUACUUUUACCUGUAAAUUCCUGCACUGUCCAGGCUCCAGUUUAGCAAAACCAUAUUCAGUGGCAUCUGGAACAGCUCACAGUAGUUUGUGAUUUACAUAAAGGGUUCAGAUAUACAGGAAGAGGCUGUGUCCUCUCUCUGAAAGCUGUAUAAAUUGUACUGAAACGAGUUUAGCUUUUCACUAUGAAGAAUUUUGUUUGUGUUUAUGUCACAGUAAGAUCAUUUAAAGCCUUGAGGACCCCAUGAAAUGUCACGCGAACCAUUGGGUGUUUAAUACAAGAAAACAAACACAAGAACACAUUUGAAAGUUUCUUUUCCCUUGGUAAUCUUGAGUGAUGCCUCGUGUGAAGUUUUUUUUUUUUUUUUUUUUUCCUGGUUCACAGGUUGAAUUGUGUUAUCACCACAGACCAUAUAUAUAAAUACUGCAUGAAGCCACAGCGAUGUCGCCCACUGCUUUAUGGACCAUUUGUAUUUGAAGUCUCGAGUUUAGCAUUUGGCUGUUCACAUCGAGAAAUAGCCAUAUUUGUACAUGAGUGAGGAGCUGGGGUGGAGCGAUGGGUGUAUCCAACUCAGAACCCGAGGACGGCUCGUAGCUUAAUUUCUACUUAACAAUGGAAUUAUUUUGAGAAAGACCUCGAGCGCAUUGAUCAGAAGCGAAUUAAGCUAAUGACAUCACGCGUGUGACUCAUGGGAAUUUUCUUUUCAUUAGUAUUUCAGGAAAGAAGUUGAUGCAUUUUAAUUGGAUUUUCUUAGAGCCAGUGGUUCUUUGGAGGCACCACUUAGUGACCAUUACACUUUAAAUCACUUCUGCACUGGCUUCACUUUUCAGACCUCCAUCUUUUAUAUAGAGUCUGCGGUUACAACUUUUACAAACACGUCAUUCCUUUCUUUUCUUUUUUUCCAUUUCAUGGGGUCUUCAAGUGAGAAAAUUAAAAAAAAAAAAAAAAGACAAAAAAGACAUGGUGUGAGUGCUAGGUCGUAGAUCUGCAGGGGCCUCCUUUCCAAAACUAAAAAUUGGAGACAAAUAGAGAAGCACAAAAAUGUCUGAAUGGGUUACUGUGUUCCUUUGCCAACUUCUAGAUUGCCUUGGGAAUGGUUCCUCUAUUCAAAUGGGUAGCGGAAGGCUGACAAGGCUGUGUUUGAUUCAAUUCUGGAAAAAAAAAGAAAAUAUAUAUAUAUAUGAUGAUAAUAAUAACGACUGCAGUGCAUCUUUUUGAAAAUGUAAGCUAAAUCAUGUUUUUAUAUUAAAAAAAAAAACAGUUUCUAAUAUUUUUGGUUUUAAUGGUUCUAAGCUCCCUGCUGUAUAUUGUGUCUGCUAAAAUGUGGUUGAUUGUGAAAAUUGCUGUUAAAUUCUGAAUUCCUGUAUUCCUUCAAAUUUGUAUACUAGCCACCUUAUCUAUUUGGGUUUCUGUUUUUUUUUUUUUUGUUUUCCAUUUCUCAUUGCAUAAUCUUUAAAACAAAUGUAUUUUUUUGUUUGUUUUUUUUUGCGUAAGGCAUGUAAAUAAUGUGUGACAACUAAAUUUGGGUAAUACACAUUAGCAUGUUUUAUUUGGUUCCGAGUGGCUUCUUGUGUUUGUGGCAUGCUUUAAGGUGCUGCAGAUCUGAAGGAUUUGGUGUUGCAGAAAAUUUGAUCAAAAAAAAAAAAGACUCAUCGAAGCAAAUCUGGGAAAAGAGAAAAGUUUCCACAACACAAAAGUUUCCACGCAUUAAGAUCACCCUAACAUAUCCAAGGAAACUACUUAAAUUCCUUUUCAUGCACCCUUGGCAUUCGUCUUUCAUCAGUUUGCAGGAAUUUGGCUGAUUUACUCUCCUGUGAAAGAGCGAUAAACACCUAAAGACUUAAAGGCAAGGCACUAAUCUGCUAAGAGCGAACAAAUUAUUACCAAGGGCAAUAAAAUAUCGGCCCCAGCUGUCUCCAAUUCGGUGUCCAAUUUACAACAUUAUGCAAAUAAGGUCAGAAAGAAAGGUCCCUCCGUCUCUAUGUUACAACUUUGAGCAGCGCUGGAGUGAAUCACAAGUUGUGAAGUUGAUCGCCACUGAUGUAGGAUUUAGAUUGUAUAUUGAAUUUUAGAUAUAUUGACCAUUUGCUUUUGAAAUUCAGAAGCUUUGCCACCGUUUCUAUGUAUUACACUUUCAGUGCACUUCAAUCAGUAUAGCACUAUUUAACUGGUUUAAAUCCAACACAAACCUUCUAUAGAUCCAGACUAAAGCGUCCUAGAGCGGCUCCGGCCUUUAGAAACCUUGUGUACUACGUGUGUGCAUUUAUCACGUUGAUGUUAUGUCAUUUAUUUUUAUCCUUUUUUUUUUUUUUUUUUUUUUUUACUUUUCUAUCUCAUUUUGCUCAUUGUGUUUUAAAUCCGGUGGUGUUAGUCACAAUUUUCUGUUGCUCUAUGCCUCUGUAUCCAUCUUAUAAACAGGACAGUGGUCAGGUGACUUUGUUGAAGCCAGAGGAACAGACUGGGCUGUUUUGUAUUAAAUGGGCACUUGGAAUUAACCAGGUCCGAAGUGAUGAGUUGGUGCUGGCAUUAGAAACAAAACAGAUGCCAUUUUACUGAAUUAUGCACUCUCACCAAUAUGAUGGAUAAUCCUUAGUACUUGGCAAAAUUAUUUUUUUUUUGUUCAUCUUUCUAAAAAAUAAAAAAAAAACACAUGUAAAUAUUUGUUUUGACUUGACAGUAAUGAGCUAAUUUGUUGCAAAUGGCUUUUUAUAAUGGUUAGACCAAACGUGAAUCUUGUUUCAUUUGUAAUUUUAACAGCUUGGCGCACACCACCAUGCACUAUUUUAGAACGCCUGUAGCUUUCCUUACAUGUUCCCUUAGUUGUAUUUCUUUGUCGCUGUCGGUUGAAACUAAGCUUUAAACAUGCUGCCACCUUGAUUCCCAGCGUUGUAUCGGUUUGGUUAAUAUUCAUGGGCCUCUAAUUUCAUCCUGGCAGCAGGACAGCGAUCGCGCUAACAUAGUUUUGCGCUGCCAUUUGCGCUGGGCACGCGUCCAUUUUCUGGGAUUGUGUGCCUCUCGUUUUCCUGGCUCCAAACAAACCCACUUUCUUCAAGCUGAAGGUGCGAGCGGUGCAGCUGAGGUUGUGCGUUUAUGCAGAUUAAGCAGCGCUAUACUGGCAGUAAUUUUGGCGUGAAAUUGCUCGCAAUUUUGUGAACCGUUUUUCGUGUCGGCAGAGGCACGCGCGGACCUGUGCAAAAAUCACACAAAAAAGAAAUAAAAGAACUUUCAUGUACUGUAUGGGUUCUGUCACUGUACAUUUUUUUUGUAACAAUGCACAGAUUCAUAUUCACACAAACAAACACCUUUACAUGUGAUUAACGGGUGAAAUGAGUGGGUGGUUCAAGCCAGUAUUGUGCUCCUAGACUGCAGGAUCCUCCCCUUUAAGUGCUGCAGUAAUCAUAUGUGGCUUACACAUUAUUACACUGCACUAUCCUGUUGGUGUUGACUAAACGCACUGAUGUCUUCACAUGUGUCAUGAUACCAUACAGAAAAAUAAAGGCAUAUCACCAGAUUUCAGCGUAUCUCAACAUGAAAAUUCAUGAGAUAUUCGGGGUUUUGUUUGUGCUCCUCUGCUUUUCCACUUGCAGACACUUGUGUGUGCACGUGACGCCCGCAUGUUUACACAUGCAUGUGUGCAUCUGGCUCGUCCCGAGGUGCACGAAAUUAGAGGCCCAUUUUAACUACGUAAUGUCUAAUCCUGAUUUUAAGGGAAUGGAUGUGAAAGUAAUGGCCACAUGGAGUCAGUGUGAAACUCUCCUUCACGAAAAAAAGUAUUAAUUUAUGUUUUAACAACGCGACACGGCCUCGUCCUUGUCCUGUCUCUCCUCCUUUGUCCCCUCCACAUGUCUCCGCUGUACAGUUUGACUUCUGUGAGCUUCUUUGUUCCUCUGCAAUAUUGACACUAGAAUCAGUCAGCCCAAUCUAUCACACUGAUGAUGACAACGACAUGUGACACAAUGGCAUGUGAUGUGUACUAUUAUUAUUAUUAUUAUUAUUAUUUGUUUUGCAUCUCAGGAAUAAAUUUCAUUUAGGUUUUGUUUCCUGUCUUUGAAUGGGGACUCGUGAGCACUUCACAUUCUGCUAGUCCCUCUAUGCUGACACCAUGUAUUUGUUGAGUUCAAGACUAUCACGAUGUUAAUAAAAAUGAUUCAGUGAUUCUUCAGUAAUUCUGUCACCUUGCUGUCAUUGGAGUACGAGGCUUAAGAAACGGUUCUGGGGUUGUUGUUUUUGUUUUGUUUCCACACGACCGCCGACUUGAAAUAAUGAGAAUUAGAAAUAUGCUGCAAAUAAUCAAGAAUGAUAAGAGGUGUGUUUUAACAGAAUAUAAUUUUGGCUUCUGGUAUGUGAGCGUCAUAAUGUUUUCCUUGUAGCAACACACAUCUUUAUGUAUAUCGGUGUUUAGAUGGAAGGUGUUGUAAGGCACUAUCACUCACUAAAUACAGAAAUAUCCACAGUGAAGCUCGGUAAAGAUGGAGAAGGGUUAGAGCUAGAUGUGUUAGUUUGGUUUCAUAUCAGGCUGUACUGAGAGAGCUUGAUUUGAUAUAUCGCACCGUAAUGGAGGUGUUUCUCUCCCAUUGUCUGUGGGAUUUAUUAUAUUUAAUUUAGAGGUUCGUAUGUAUGAAAUGAAAACUUGUUGAAUAAAUAGUUGCCAAAACAUCUGUA